AUGAGAAUGAAGGUCACCGGGGCGAAGGAACUCCAAAAGACCUACCAGCACAUCCAUGACCACCUGCAGCAGACAUACAGCUCCAGGCAGAAGCAGCAGCUUUGGAGAGCUCACAGAAAUUUCCGUAAGCACCUCAGGAUGGUGGGCAGCCGCAGGAUGAAGGUCCAGAGUGGCGAGCUUCAGAGCUCCUCAGGGACUCUAGAUGAAGGGCCUGAUGAGGAUGCCGACUGGGAUGAUGAGAGGGAGAUGGAGAGGGUCGCUUGUGAAGCAGAGGACUUCAUCCCACCUAAAAUCAUGCUAGUUUCCUCCAAGGUUCCAAAGGCUGAAUAUGUCCCUAACAUCAUUCGUAGGGACGACCCCUCCAUCAUCCCCAUUCUUUAUGUGAGUAGCAGCCCUUCGGCUGUAUUGAUUCAUUUAGUCUUAAGAUACAACAUGAUACUGAGUCGGAAAAGUGACACCUUUCUCCCUCUCUCUUUCUCUCCCAUUCUGCGUCCAGAGGAGAUCGAGAAGAAGCUGGCGGCCUACAGGAAAGGCUGUAAGAUCUGGAACAUGCUCAUUUUCUGUCAGGGAGGACCUGGACAUCUGUACCUGCUGAAGAACAAAGUGGCCACAUUUGCGAAGGUGGAGAAGGAAGACGACAUGAUCCAGUUCUGGCGGCGGCUCGGCAGGCUGAUGAGCAAGCUGAACCCAAAGCCCAACCUCAUUCACAUCAUGGGCUGCUACGUGCUGGGCAGCGCCAAUGGGGAAAAGGUAGUGGUCCUUUUUGUGGGAACAAACAGAGACUCUCACCCUCCUGUAGUUAGUGCAAGAGUUCACUUGAAAUGUCUACAUGAAGCACAACAUCUGAGCUAUGCACACACACAGACACACACAAAGGUAUAUGCUCUGUAUAGAACCAUGCAGAUAAGAUCCUUUGCAAAUAGGUAUUAUAGAUAAAAAAGAACCAAGGGAGCGCUUGUUUGUGCAUGCGAAAGAUAAAAUAAUGUAAAGAAAAUUUGUGGAGUGUGUAGAGAUGCCUUCACCGCACCCUCUGAGGGCUCACACAUAC